AUGGCGCGGGAAAUGUCGGAAUUCGGAGCGGUUGUUGUUGGUUGGGACUGCCUUGGCUCGCACCGAAAAACACGAGCGCCUGGGCCUCUCACCGCCGGCGCUGCUCCUCCGCGAUCUCUGCUAUUUGUGCAGACGGACCGCAUGACUCCGUGGCGGCUUUUGUUCCGGCCCUGAAGACUCAGAGACUAAAGACUGAGAAGAACAGCUGAGGCCCAUAAGAAAGCUUUCGCUAAUUUGCCAUUACUCAAUAUUACCUUGAUAACCUGUGGAAACGGAGGAAGAAACAACUAA